CGAAGAAAUCAUUCUCUUCCUCUUCAUGUUCCCUCUCUUGCAGGUCUUCCAUCGAACACCUCACCAGCAAGCUCCGUGCGACGCUCAUGGCUUUUGCUCCAUCAAUGAGCUCUUCGUUCUCUGCUCAGUUCUUCUCUCCGCUGAGCAGAAAACGUGCUGGCCUCGGCUUCAACAAGCCCUGCAGCCUUAUUCUCUCGUACCCGUCCCACACCUCCGCUGUCUCCCUCUCACGCUCACCCCGUCGGCAGCUCGGUCUUGCAGUCUGCGGGGCGAAGAACAAGAAGAAGGCGAAGAAGAAGCAAAUCAUACAUGAGAGUCCUGACGGUGAAGAUGAAGACUUGGAUGAUGAUGCCUUCGAAUCACUUUUUAAGCAACUGGAAGAAGAUCUUAAGAAUGAUGAAAACCUUUCAUUUGACGAUGACGACCUCGAGAUAAGCGAGGAGGACUUUACUAGACUGGAGAGCGAGUUAAAGGAGGCGCUGGGGGUCGAUGAUGACAUCGAAAUUUUCGGUGAAACUAAAGAUAGUGAGCAAGGGGAGGAUGAUGAUGAUACUGCUGACCAGGUCGACGACAAAGAUGAUGAUGAUGAUGAUGAUGAAGAUGGUGAAACACCUGUAGAGCUAAAGAGGUGGCAGCUUCGGAGAUUGGCUUCGGCUUUAAAAGCUGGCCGCAGAAAAACCAGUAUCAAAACUCUUGCCUCUGAGCUCGGUCUUGAUCGGUCCAUAGUUCUUGAGCUGCUUCGUGAUCCCCCUCCGGAUCUUCUAAUGAUGAGUGCCACAUUGCCCAAUGAACCUGAACAAACACAAUUGGUCUCUGAACCUCGAGCAGUGGAAGUUGUUCCGAAUGAGGCAACAAAAGAUGAUGCUGAACCUGAGACCAAGGUGAAGGCACCUCUACAUGUAAUGCAUCAGAGAUGGUCUGCCCAAAAGAGACUGAAGAAGGUGCAAGUUCAAACCCUUGAGAAUGUUUACAGAAGGACAAAGCGCCCCACCUCGAAUUAUGCAUUCUUAUUUCCCGUUCCUGUGAACGAAAAAAAAUGCAGAAUGCAAUCGUCAGCAGCAUUGUGCAAGUGACAAGCCUUCCCCGCAAGAGAAUCGUGAAAUGGUUCGAAGACAAACGGGCUGAAGAUGGUGUUCCCGAUAAACGAACACCUUAUCAGCGGCCAGUCACAGAAACUGCCUCUUCUGUUUCAUCAGUACAUAGUAAAUAGAAGUAUCACAGGAAGACAUGAGCCCGACGAUGGUGACUGGUCGUGGAAUCGAUGUAAUGACACGUGAAGGGCAAAUUUAAAUAUCGACUGAGUUUAUUAUACUUCCCUUUUACAUCGGAUCAUUAGCGAGAGCAACGUUUGAUUGUUAUCGAUCCAAAAGUUCUCGUUAUGAUUGUAUGGCUCUGUUUGGUUUCA